AUGAUCACAUAUCAACUCUUCAAUCAAUCAAACAUGUCUGCCGCUGUUGGAAUCGUUGUUCCGUCCGGCCCGGCCCCCCCCAACCCUCCUCCUGGUGGAGUCCCCGACGAUGCCCCCACCCCCUCCCGCAGCAAGAGAGCCAAGGGUGCCCGCAAGGCCAAGUGCUGCUGCCGCUGCCUCCGCCGCCUGACUUCCGCCGGCGGUGCGGCCGGUACCCGCAUCGAGUGCAAAUUCGAGACGCCCAAGGGCAAUGUCUCUGUCAACUGCCAGUACUGCGCCAAGGGCAAGCGUGCUGGUCGCUCCGGCUGUGUCCCUGUCCCUGCCUCCCUUGUCUCGCGUGCCAAUGACCUCUGGGACGCCAACGUCUCGCUUGCGUGCCGCGAUGAGGACGCCGAGACCAAGGAGGACAUCGAGGCCGAGGCCGAUGCUCUUGAUCAAGAGCUGAAGCUCGCCGACACCAAGGCCGCUCGCAGAACCCCCGGUGGUCGUGCCGUUGGCGGUCGUGUGCGUUCCGCACGCGAUUCGCUGGGUUCUGUGGGUGGCGCGUCUGCAUCGGAGCUUGCUCCUGUUCUCGGGUUCCUUUUGGAUGCCCAACGUGCGUUGGUGGACACUCUUCGUGAAGUCCACGGUCUUGAGCCUCGCUCUUGGCCUGAAGAGGCUUCUUCCGGCUCUGAGGAAGGAGAAGACUCGGACUCUGAAUGA